AUGGCACCCGAAAUGGCUUCAAGGUCUGCUGCUCCGAAGAAGCGUAAGGUACCUCCACAUUCAUCGUCCAACGGCAGGAGUGAUUUUGGGAGAGGACGAGCUAUGAAGCGCAAUAAGACAAUGGACGCACGAUCAAUAAUGACACAAACGGCUGAUGCUGCUCUCAAAAAUGGAGAUCUGGACCUAAAGUCGUUUUUGAACGCGCGGGAAUAUGAGAUAAAGGCAUUGGAAGAUGGCAUGCAGAGAUCAAAGGGUGCCUUGUCCACUAGAGCAUUUCAACAAGUACCGCGGGACAUGAGAAGAAGAACAGCAAGCCAUAAUGUGAAGAAGGUACCAAGACGAUUACAAAAAAGGGGUGCAAGAGAGAUGAAAGAAGACAAUACACCUACUGUCAAUGCAAACAAGAGAAAACCAGGAAGUUCAAGAGGUCGCAUACGUGCAGAAACGGCCAAGAAGUUAGGAAUUUUGGCAGACAAGAAAAGAGCUACAAAGGGUACUACGACUGAUGCUGCAGGAAUCACAACUAGAGCUGCGAGACCAAAAAUACGGAAGAAUAUGUUAAACGAUCCUCCGAAACCGCCGUCGAAGUUUCGAAAGCGACAAAUUCAUAAAACAUGGUUACCUACUCAUUUAUGGCAUGCGAAGAGGGCGAAGAUGACAGAACCCAAGGAGCCACUUUGGAGGAUGGCUAUACCCCUCAAUUCAACCGAAAAAUCAUACAGACCAACACAUAGAGCAGGAGGAAGCAGAGGAGCUGUAGCUUGGGAUAUGAGUUACAUGAGUACUAUUGGCCUCAAGGGUUCAAUUGAGUCUCUCGGAAAGGUUCUUUUGGCCAUGGGAAUAUCGGAGAUGGAUGUAAAUGCAGCAAAGGGCUCAAAAUGGAGAGCGGGCAGAAGAAGCUGGAAUGGGUGGCUUAGCAGAGAAGUGAAAGAACAAAAAAUACAGAUUGGCCCCGCCGUCGCGUUAUGGGAUAUUCCCGAAGAAGUCUCAGAUAGCAAUGCUACCAAUGUAUCGAAGUCAAUGAGACAAGUCUUGAUCAGGAUUCAUCCUUCUGCUUUCCUCGAGACGUGGACUGAGCUCCUACGCCUGUCAAAGUUGCAGCAUCUAGCCAUCCAACUUGAGGACCUUCGUUUUGAGAUGGGAAGCAUCGAAAUAACUGGCCCUGGUUCAACGGAAGCUUUGCUUGGUAUACUUCAUCCAUACCACCAAUCUGAAGGUGAUCAAGAGCCACAUGCACAAACAUUUACUUCAUUGGCUGGUAUCACUAACCCUGCAUCUUUACCCGCUAAUUCUAUACUCUCAUUUUCUAUAAUGGAUCCCAGACUUCGCUAUCCACCUCGCAAGAUUGAGCUUCCAGAUCCUGCCGACGAGGAAGCUACGUUUGGUUUAAUGGAAAUGCUAUCUACUUGGCCAGCGGAUAAGUCACCUGCUUCAUCACCUCUCCUUGAUCGAGACCUACGAUACAAAGCCACUCGUCUUCCUUCACAGCAAGCCCUAAAUCGCCGCAAAACCUUGGCACCACGGGGCACUUUCCCUUCCAUCUCAGAACAUGAUCCAUCUAUACCGAUCAUGCUUCUCACAUCAAGGAUGUCCCAGUCCUCAACAGCACAAGGCAGCUGGACUCUUCUCGCUCCAUGGAAGUGUAUAUUACCAAUUUGGUAUGGCUUAAUGCAUUAUCCUCUGUCAUCUGGCGGUAACCCACGCUUUGGAGGUCUGCAAGAGUUAAGGCAAUCACAUUUUGAGCAUGGAGUUCCAUGGUUCCCAGCCGAUUACCCUGGAACCAAUGCUGGGUACGCUUGGGAGGUCGAGCAGAGGGAGAAAAGGAAACGAGAAUGGGAUAAGAGACCAAAAGGCAAGAGAGUCGAGUGGAAUUCUCUUGACCUUGGCGGUGGAAGGAAAGGUGAGCUUGGAUUGGGCUGGGCAUGUGACUUUGAGAAAGUGGCUGGGUUAUCUUCACCUGAUAGUGAACAGAGAAAUUCGAGUACAGCUGGCGAGCCGGAGAUUGCGAGUGAGCCCAAGGAUAAAAUCAUCGAAAAUCCCUUCAACCAACUCUCCAGCAAAACAUUCUCCUCUCUUCUUUCAUCUCCCACCGCGGACCUGCCAGCGCCAACUAGCCUUUUCACUAUCCGCCUCACACUCCUAACUCGCGGUGUCGCCACUCCCAGCGCUCGCAUCUACCGUCUUCCAGCCGAGCCAAUCACCAGCGAAGAUUCCAUAAAUUCUACUUCCACUUCCACCAUUCCCUGCACCCUCCGUCAACAAUGGCUUUCCCUUGUCCCCGCACCCAUCAAUCAGAAACCACCACCUAAUCCCAAAGCCAAGGAUCUGAGAAAUCUCGGCAAAAUCCCUUUUAAUACACCGCUUCCUCAACGCGUGCAUCUGCUUGCAAAAUCUUUGUUGCAGAACCCUCCCUUGCCGUAUCCGAAGGAUAGGAAUGAUAUGGAUAACCAUCCCAUUGUUCCUGAUGAGGAGGAUCUUAUUGGCUUUGUUACGACGGGUGAAUAUAAUUUGGCAGAGGGAAAGGGAGUGGCGGUAGGAACGGUUUUUGCAGCAGAGAUUAUUAAGAGGGUGAGGAGUAUGGGGGGGAACUUGAGGGAGGGAAGGUUGUGUGUAGUGAGGAAUUCGGGGGAGAUGGUGGGGAGAUUGGCGAGGUGGGAGGGGGUUUGA